AGAGCAGAUCCCUGACCAGCCAGCUAACAGUCAACUAACUCCUGCACACUGGCAUAUACAUGCAUGGUGAUUAUUUUUUUCUUCUUUGUUUCUUUUUUUCGUUUCCCUCUUGGUUACAGCUAAUUUGUAGGAUCACUUCAGAACAGUUUUGGCCUAACAAACAUCCAGAUUGUGGAAAAUAAUGGCACUACAACAGGAUAAAGAACCAAGCAUUGAGCUCUUCAUAAAGGCUGGCCAUGAUGGAGAGAAUGUGGGGAACUGUCCUUUCUGUCAGAGUCUCUUCAUGGUGCUGUGGCUAAAAGGAGUCAAAUUCACAGUUACUACAGUCGAUAUGAGGAAGAAGCCAGAGGAACUGAAAGACUUAGCUCCAGGGACCAACCCUCCUUUUCUCCUAUACAACGGUGUUCUUAAGACUGACUUCAUGAAGAUUGAGGAGUUUCUGGAGGCAACGCUUGCCCCUCCCAGAUACCCUCAUCUUAGUCCCCUGAAUAAAGAGUCAUUUGAUGUGGGUGCUGACAUUUUUGCCAAGUUUUCUGCCUUCAUCAAAAACAGUCCAAACAACAGAGUACAAGAGCAGGCUUUGCUAAGGGAGUUCAAACGCCUUGAUAUUUAUUUAAACACACCGCUGCCCGAGGAGAUCGACCACAACUCUACAGAAGACAUUUCUGUCUCCAAGAGGAAGUACCUCGAUGGCAACCGCCUGACACUGGCAGACUGCAACUUGCUGCCCAAAUUACAUGUGAUCAAGGUUGCUGCCAAGAAGUACUGUAACUUUGAGAUCCCGGCUCAUUUCACUGGCGUACAUCGCUACUUACAGAAUGCAUCCGCGAGAGAGGAGUUCAGCCAGACUUGUCCAGCGAGCAUUGAGAUUGAGAAAGCCUAUCUGAGUGUUGCUAACAAGAGGACAUAAACCUCCAGCUAGAACAUUUCCAUCAACUCUAUACAGGAACGAGGACAUUCAGCCUAAAUUUUGUAAAUAGCUUUAAAAAAAAAAAAGUGUUAGAUUCAGUUUAAAUGACUGCAUUCUGUGAGUUUGGUAUAAUAUCGAAAUGUUUGUUCAUGUUUUGAAUUGUAAAACUGUGCCAUUUAAUGGUUUUACCAGUCAUUUAGCCCGUAAACCUAAAACACUAGAGAUUCAGAUGAAUAAUUCUCUAUCUUCAUUUGUCAUAUUGGCAUGUUAUAUUUUCAAAUAGGAAUCCCUGAAUCAUUAUUUUAUCAUUCUGGAUCGCCUCUGCAUAACCCCUUAUGCAGCCUGUUAAACAGGCCAGAUGUGCAAUUUAAUGCACAUCAAAUAUGAUUUGCAGUGUCCAUAGUGUAUAUAUGUAUUUUACACAAACAUUCUUCUAAAUGUUUUUUUUUUACACUUUUGUUUUGGUUUUUAGUUGUUGUUCUGGUUGUUGUUAUGUACCGUAAAGCCCUUCAAAAUUUGACAAGCUUUAGAAAGCUACAUCUGUUAAUCAUACAAAAGAAACACGAGGAAUCUUUUUUACUAUUCGAUCCCAACACGUCCAUUUUAGGUAUAUACAUAGUAUUAUGCAUACGUGUAUCAUGCUGUUAUAAUAUUGCAAAGUAAGAUAAAGGUCAGUUAAAGCACUAUACCAUAACAAAGCCUAUUGGCAAACAUAUCUCUGAAUCAACAUCAUAAACUGAUUUUUCAUGUUAUAUGUACAUAAUUCAGGUAUUCUGCAUUCAUCCACAAGGGGUAACUGUAUUACAGAAAAGGUUACAUUCAGAUCAAAGAUCGUACCGUUACUGAAGGAAACGUUCGAAUGCAUUUCAUUUCACAAUUUAAUUAAGAAUAAAGAUCAUUUAAUACAUAA